AGGUGGUUUUUCUGCUUGCUGAUCUCCAAAGUGUUGUUAGAUUCCUUAAAGAAAUCAAAAAUAAUGCCAAAAGUGGCAUCUUCACCUUUGUCAUGUCUGAAUCCACCAACACAAAUGAUAAACUAAAAAGCGAAGAGUUGGGAAACAUUGCCCUGGGAUCCUUAUCAUUUAAAAUGGAGACUGAACCAAACAAAGAAUUCAGAAAGAAAUUUCUUGAAAAAACUCCAUGGAACAUAAAAACCAAUAGAAAAUGGUUCAAAGAGUGGUGGCAGAGCAAAUUUAAUUGUCAUUUCCCAGAUUCCUUUGAUAAAAGUGGAGCUCAACUUUGUGAUCCCACAGAGCACAUGAGGGGUACCAAAGAAAAUAAUUGGGUGCAUUAUGUUAUACAAGCUACACAAGCAUUGGCAAUUGGGAUAAAUUCUGCAUUAAAAAGUUACUGCACAGUUGAACCAACAAAACUUUGUGAUGAGUUUGUCGAUCACCCAAAAGAAGUCAUUGAAAAGAUAAAAAAGGUAAAAUCUUUAUGUAUCAUUAUUCAAACUAUGCAAGCCUUGCAUAAAAGAAAAGCACUCGAGAAAUUGAGUUUUCCAAGCAUAUAUUCAAUUGAACCGAAAGAGGGAAGUAAAUAUAAAAUCGACCCAGCUUUGAUAUACAAUUCAUGAGCUACUUUUAAAUGCAUCUUUAGGUGAAGCUGAAAUUUGAAACUACAGGAGAGAUGACAAGUAUAUUUGAUGAAGAUGGAAAUGGAAUGAGUGAUUAUGGUAUAUAUAAUCUUCAACUAGAUCCUAAUGAUCCAAGGAAAAAGAAGUUUGUUCAUGUAAGU